GGAAGGUUUGGUGAGGGACUGUAAAUCUGUACCACUGCGUACUGCGUUUACUCCGGCUCCUUAUCUGUACCUCGUAUAGAGCAUCUAGCAAAUUUGUCUUUGGGGGAAAAAAACAAAACAUUCUGACGGCCAUUUGGGUGACAUCAUAUACUGUGCAGUCGGCAACAUCGCUUCUGUUUUAACAUGGAUCUUUUGUGGAUCGUGUGUCUGACGACGUGCUUUUGGAUUGUGUCUGCUGAGAGGCAUAGUGUUUACUGGAACAGUUCGAAUCCGAAGUUCCUAUGGGAUGACUACACUGUGGCUGUACGGAUCAACGACUACCUUGACAUUAUCUGCCCCCAUUACGAGGAAGGGGAGAUCCCCUCUCACUCAGCUGAGAGGUACAUUCUCUACAUGGUGGAAGCAGAGGAAUAUGACACAUGCAAACCACAAUCUAAGGACCAGGUGCGAUGGGAAUGUAAUCGGCCACUUGCUCUAAAUGGGCCAGAGAAGUUCUCAGAGAAGUUUCAGCGCUAUACUCCUUUUACCCUGGGCAAGGAGUUCAGAGAAGGCGAAACAUAUUAUUAUAUCUCAAAACCUAUUCACCACCAUGGGGAGCAAUGCCUGAAGCUGAAGGUGAAGGUCGUGGGACAAAAUGGGUCCCAGCAGCCAAGAACCACAGGAGCACACACACCAGGACUGCCAGCAGAUGAUCCUGCCAUUAGUGCUGCAGAUGUGAUGAAGAGCAUUGGCCAUAACUCUCAUGCCCCAUUUGUGCCGGUCACCUCCCUGGUGACACUGCUUUCUGUUCUGUGUGUUCUGCUACUGUGAGAGUGGAAGUGAAUAACCACCUUUUUGCUCAAUCUGUGAAAGCUGGUGCCCUUGCUGCUUGGUACUGAAGAGAAACUGAGACAGGACUUCAGCUAACAUGCCAGGCGGGCAGUUUGAGGCUCCAGAAGCAGCCAAGUGGGCGGUGGAAUCCAGAACCCAACAGACAUUUUGUGGGUGUUCUACCCUUGUUUACAAAAUAACAGUCAUUGGUUGAAUGAAGCUCUCAGACAGGGGUCAUCUUCCUGGUUUGGGCAAAAGGCAACACACUUGUCACCAAAGAUGGGCCCUUUGCAGGAAGCAGAUUCUCCGUUUUGUGAUCAUUCUGCUUUUUGUGGCAAUUCCUGCUUG